GUAAAGCUAUUAGAAGAGGAGAAGAAGCAGAAAAAUCUCUUAUCAAGAUUAAACCAUUUAGAGAAGAUAGUACUGAGGAUCUUAUCGAUUGGAUCAAUGAAUUUGAACAAGCUGCUACUGCUAAUAACUAG